CCCUGGUGACAUCAUCAAGCAAGACGUUCUAUCGACUGUCCUUGCAUUCCCCCGUCCAUUCCCCAUCUGGGUAGUCCCCUCGUUCUUCUGGAACACAAUUCUACCAGAGCAGUGUACUUUCGGCAGGAUCUCGUUCCUGCUUGCGCCGACUUAUACCGCAGCAAGACAACCGGGAACCAUCACCCCACUGCUUUGCCGUAUAGUCUCAGCGAGCUGCCUAUUCGUUUCCAUGGGCGGCAUCUUGGGACGGCUCAGCAACCACAACCCCAGAGACCGCCGCACGAAAAUGACCCUGAGAGAGCGGAAGGCAGUGCAGGCCACCUGGGCUCGCUUCUGCAAGGACACCAACAACAGCGUCACUCUGUUCAUCGAGUUGUUCACGAGGCACCCAGAAUACAAGUCAUUAUUCCGAGACUUCGACGAAGUGCCGUCUUCAGGAUUAUCUGCGCAACCACAGCUGGUCGCCCACGCGAUAACCGUGGAGUACCAGUUGACUGCCAUGAUUCAUUAUUUAGACGAUGGCACGCUUCUGGAAGGCCUGAUGCGCAAGAACGCCUACAUCCACGCGCGACACAGAGGAGUCUUUCCGAAGCAGUUCGUGAAUUUCACGCAGGUGAUAAAGUGGACGCUCCAUCAGAAAGUUGGUGACAUGAUGAGCUUGGACGCCAUUAACGGUUGGGAGAAGUUCUUUCAGAUGCUCACAAGCGUCACAAAGAACACCUUUCAGGCAACUAUGGAAGAAGCCAAUCGCAGACGUUCGAUCGGGGCGUCCUCUAUACAUACCACAAUGUCGCAAGCAGUGUCUGUGCGCACCGCGACUAAUGUUACGCAGAGCGACGAUUUGGAAAUCACAUGAAACAUGGCUGUCGUUGUAAUGCUGCCGUUAGCGGCGUAUAGUAAAUAUGAACGGUAUUGAAAACCUUCCACGAGGAAAGAAACUGACUUGGGACCUACAUGCAUAUAUUAUAGAUCAAAGCCCAUUAUGGAAAUAAAUGCACUUAACUGCA